AUGGCGGCCGAACUGCACUCGGACCUCGCCAUCAGGCCGGUUCCGAGAGACAUCAAGGCAGUCAGCAACGUCGCCAGCGAGGAGAGAAGACACAAGCACUCGAGGUCAUCGUACUCGGAGGCGUCCCCCCUCACGUCGAGGAAUAAUUCAUUGACCUUCCGUCCGGCGAAGCGCCCAAUGCCCACCCCAAACAAAACCAUCGCCGUCAUCAACGCCAGCGGGAGGCAGGCCGCUUCCUUCAUCCGGGUGGCCACUGCGGUCGGGUACCAUGUGAGAGCGCAGCUGAGGAAUCUCGAGGGCGUUGUGGCGACCGAGGUAGCCACCAACCCCAACGUCACAACGGCGCAAGUCGAUGUGACGCGGAACGGUCCCAUCUCCGGCAUCGGCGUCAACCACGCCUUGAUAUCGGAGCUGUUCCGGGGGGCUCAGCUGGCAUUCAUCAACACCACCUUCUACGGGGACGAGCUGAAGAUAGGGGAGGCGCUCGCCGACGCGGCCAAGAAGGCUGGCAUCCAGCACUACGUGUAUUCGUCCAUGCCGGACCACGCAGCCUACAACAAGGACUGGCCAUCGCUACCACUCUGGGCGAACAAGCACAAGGUCGAGGAAUACAUCAAGCAGAUCGGGCUCCCAGCGACAUUCGUCUACACCGGGAUCUACAACAACAAUUUCACCUCACUUCCCUACCCCCUCUUCUGCACAGAGCUCCAGCCGGACGGGUCCUGGAUCUGGCAGGCCCCCUUCCACCCAGACGUGAAACUGCCCUGGCUGGACGCGGAACACGACGUUGGGCCGGCCAUCCUGCAGAUCUUCAAGGACGGCGUCAAGAAGUGGGGAGGCGGCAAGCGCAUUGCUCUCGCGUACGAGAUGCUCUCACCCAAGGAGGCCUGCGAGGUGUUUUCGAGAGGAGUGGGCCGGCCCGUGCGCUACGUCCAUGGCCCAAUCGAGAUCAAGGUGACGAUCCCCGAGGGUUACCGCUCCCAGCUGGAGGCGCUGGAGGAGCUUUUCGGGCUGGGCCACGACGACCCCAAGAAGCAGCCCCCUUACUUUGGGGACCGCGAGCUCGAAAAGAGCUGCCCAAAGGUUGCGCUGGAGCUUUGGGAGGGACCGCGGGGCCUGGAGGAGUACGCGCGGGAGGUGUUUCCCCUGGAGGAGCAGGCGAAUGGCUUGACAUGGAUGUUAGAUGAGGGUGAUGGUGGUGGUGGUGGUGCUGGCGGCGGCGGCGGGAAUAAUCCAACUCGAAAUGGCCAUGCUCCGCAUAUGAACGGGUAUAUCACCACACUAGCCCAAAUUGGUCUCGACUCGGAUGCCGACGACGAUGACGAUGACGAGGGCUUGGUCAUGCGCGGCGUCAAGCGGGACGACGAGGAGUGGCUUGCUUAGGACCAGCUUGCCGCUCUCCUCGGGUCGCUUUUCCCGCGAUUAUUUAUGGCACCAUCUCCCUCCCCCUCAUCUCAACGAAGUAUCUCGAUGACGAUAUUACUCCAAAAAAAGCAUCUGUUCCGGAGUGCGGCGAAUCAAAAAAGGCGGUCGGGUCAGGUGGAGAAGGGCGUCAUUUGGUGACGUGGUGGGCGCUGGAGUGAUCGUUUCGGCCUGUAUCUUACGUGCUUUCCAAAGACAUGGUUAUGUAUAAACUUGCUAGGCGCGGCCAAGGUCGGUCAGGGCCUUAGAAGAAGCAUAUGUCAUCAGCAGUGAUAUGGGAAGACUUCUGCUUGAGAGUCACUAAACAAAUAGAUACUAUGGUGAGUCCCAAGUUGCUCCAGCGCUUCUUCGGACGGGCAUUGUCACGGCGCAGACUCUUUAGAGCAGCUGUUCCGUUUAAGGCCGUCUUGCAGGAUGUUAAAUCAUAGGUAUCCACCC